UCCAUUGGCUGGCAGACAUCGGUUCUUUUUCGAAACGACGACGACGACGACUCAUGAAACCGAGAGGAUAGAGGAAUACGAGUCGCGUUAGCCCACACUCGUGCCCCGAUGCGUCAUGAGGUACGGUGUAUACGUGAUCGUUCUUCCAUGAACAUUUUCUCCGAGUGAUCAGAGAAACGGAAAUACACGUGGAGUGACGAUGAGUUGAUACGGUGCUGCGAGGAAGAAGGAUCUUGGACCGACUUUAUGAGCUGACGAUGUGGACGAUUCUACUGCUCGCACUCUCCACGUGGUCUUCGUCAUGGGGUCAGGUGAUCAACAGGGCACCGCAUUUCGUGCAGGGUGGCGACAUGGCCAGGCUAGCCGUGUCGGAGGGUACUCCGCCCGGCGCACCUGUCUACACCCUCAAAGGUGAAGAUCCGGAAGGCUCGAAGCUGCACUACUCGAUCAGCGGCGAGUACUUCACCGUGAAUCGAGACAGCGGUGUCGUCGUUCUGAGAAAGGCGCUGGACAGGGAGACUCAGGACCUGAUCGAAGUCAUCAUCAGCAUAACGGACGAAGGCAUCGCUGGAUCGGAGCCCAACACCGUGUCCCUCCGACGAGAGAUAGCGGUGCUGGACGAGAACGAUAACCCGCCAGUGUACCAUGGCAGGCCUUAUGCGGCCAGAGUGCCAGAAAGCGCGCACGUGGGUGGUCUCCUAGUUCCUCCUGGCACGAUCACGAUUACGGACCGCGAUGGUGGCGUGAACGCGGAUGUUCAUGUGGAAUGCGUCUCUGCGACGAGGGACGAUGACGUCUGCGAGGUCUUCAGUGUUUCUACGGAAAAACACUUGGCAGAGGGAAAGUACGACGUGCAGAUCAGCCUGUCGAAGUCGCUGGACUACGAGAGGAGAAACUCGUACUUGAUCAACCUCCUGGCGGUAGACGGUGCCAGCGACGUCUCCAAGAGGUUACAGGCCAGAGCAACAGUAGCCGUGGACGUUCUCGAUGUUCAGGAUCAGCCACCCGUGUUCCUGAACGCGCCGUACAGCGCGGCACUUCCGGAGAACACAGCAGCUAGUCACACGAUCCUGACUGUGAGAGCGCGAGACGGUGACACGGGAGAGCCCAGGGCCCUGCUGUUGACUCUGGAAGACGACGAGUCGGGCCACUUCGACCUCGAGGUGUCGAGAGAGGGUGACGUGACGGUCGGCAAACUGGUUACCACGAAUGUCUCUCUGGAUAGAGAGGAUGCUAGGAUCCUGCAGAACGGCGGGAUAUACACGUUCCAAGUGAAAGCCACGGAGCUGAUCAACAACGAGAUCCCGGCAGACACUGCCACGUCCGUCGUCACUAUCGUCGUCACCGACGUGGACGAUCUGAUGCCAGUUUUCAACGAGAAGUAUUUCGAUAUAACCAUCUCGGAGGAUAUUGGCAAACACACCACACUGCCUGGAUUAAAUAUGAUAGUGAGCGAUGGAGAUGUCGGCGAUAACGCCAAGUACAUGCUGGCGCUUAGAGAUGUCCCGGAGUAUCCUGGAAUCAGCAAAGCUUUCGCUGUCAGUCCCGAAGAUGCUCAAGGUCGGGUGCCAGUUGUGGUCAAGGCGAAGGACGUCAACGUGUUGGACUACGACGUGGAUGAUCCUGCGAAGAGGGAGCUCGGGUUCGAAGUUAUUGCGCUGGUUGCAAACGAAGUGGUUGCCACAAGUAGAGUCCACGUACGGCUGACGGAUGCCAACGACCACAGCCCAGAGUUCUCUCAGUCUGUGUUCAAAUUAUCCGUGCCAGAGAAUGCGGAGAUAGGAACGCGAUUCGGCGACGUGUUCGCGAAGGACUACGACAGUGGAUCCUUCGGCGAAUUGACGUACACCCUGCGUGGGUUUGGUGCCGACAAGUUUAGUACCAAUUCGAAGACAGGUGGGGUCUCUGUAGCGAAGGCGUUGGACUACGAAGUCCAGAAGUCGUAUUCGUUGACGAUGGAGGCCAAGGAUGGUGGCGGCAGAGUGUCUGCCGUGAAUAUUCUCAUAGAACUGGAGGACGUUAACGAUAAUGCACCGGUGUUCGAACAGACCGAGUACACGAGAACGGUUCGCGAAGGAGCCACGAGUUUCGAUCCACAGAUGUUUGUCAGAGCAACGGACGUCGAUGGUCCGGCGCAAGGAAAUGGGAAAGUGACAUACUCUACCGGUUCGCAUAACAGCAUGACAAACGACGUGUUCAAGAUAAACUCGGAGACCGGGGAAGUAACAAUGGCGAAGGCAGUGCGUUCGGACGAUACCGAAAGAGGAAUCUACGAGCUGGUAAUUCGCGCUACGGAUACUGGAACGCCGCCAUUAUCCUCUGAAGCGAAGCUGUCUGUCAGAGUGGGGGUACCUGGAAACCAGAAACCCAUCUUCCGAGGAAAUUACAAAUCUAAUUUGCCAGGACCUAGCACGUAUCGGGCAAGAUUGCUGGAGAACGCUUCUCCUGGGACGGAAGUUAUCAGAGUCGUUGCAAACGACCCGGACGGGAGGGACAACUUACUGCAGUACCACAUUGCCUCCGGUGCUAAGGACAAUUUUGUAAUCGACUCCAGUUCUGGGGUCAUCACGGUUUCCCCGGAUGCUCGUUUGGAUUUGGAAACUGGUGGGGAGAAAUACGAAGUGAUAGUUUACGCUAUAGACUCUGGUACACCCGUUAGAGAAACUGCUACCACUACAGUCACGGUGAACAUGGUGGACGUGAACAACAAGCCACCCAUGUUCAACGAAUCCACCUAUCUCGUCUACGUGUCGGAAAGGGCAGCUAUUGGCGAGCCUGUGCUGAAGGUAGUAGCUACGGAUCCAGACUCGGAUGCUUAUUUGGAAUACUCGUUAGUGGAACCGAUAAGAGCCGUCGACAAAACAGGCGUGGCUCUCAAAAACACAGCUCCUUACGACUACAAAACAGCGUUUCGCAUAAAUUCAACGAACGGUUUAAUAACGGUAAAUCGGGUACUGGAUUAUCAAGUGGCAGCGGUGGUCAUUCUCACGGUUCAAGUGCAAGAUCUGAACGCCGUUGUCGAUAAAGAGAAGCAGAUUACGAAGGUCGAGGUGACGAUCUAUAUUCAAGCUUACAGCGACGAUAAUCCAACCUUCACGAAUCCAGGGUGGUCACCCAACAAUCCGACAAUUAGAAUAUCCGUGCCAGAGGAGCAACCCCUUGGCACCACUUUGCUCAUGUUGUCAGCCAAAGAACCCACCACUGGCUAUCCCGUUCAAAGGUUCGAGUUGGUGAGGGAAGAUGACGACGAAGGUUACGUCAACGUCGGUGUCCAAAGUGGAAAUGUCGUUCUGAGCAAGAGACUGGAUUACGAAGCUCUCAAUCAAAAGUUUAUUCAGUUUAAAGUACGAGCUUUGGCAAGGGACUACGAGAUAACGAGGAAAAUGUCCGAAGCCAACGUCAUGGUCGAGGUGCAAGACACGAACGAUAAUAGCCCUAUCUUUACUCAAAACGAUUACAAAAUUUCAGUGCUAGAAUCAGCGAAACCUUCGAAGAUCGUGUUGAUCGUCAAAGCUACAGACAUGGACAGUUCUAAUACGGAGCAGGAAGUUAGAAGAGGAUACGGUGAGGUGAGGUAUUCUCUAGUUGGAGGAGACUCGAACAUGUUCGAGGUAGAACCGAUAACUGGGAACAUCCAGAUUGCCACCAACACGACGAAGUCUUACACAGCAGUGAUACCCGAGAACGCUCCAUCAGGUGUCAGUGUAGUGAACAUUACUGCCACAGACCCAGACGAAGGCAACGGUGGUGUGAUCAGCUAUGAAAUCAUCGACGAGGGUGAAGCGAGUGGGUUGUUUGAAAUAAACCACACGACUGGGGAGAUUUAUUCGGCAAGGGCGUUAACGGGAAAAGGAAGAACGGAGCCGUACAUAAUGAGAAUCAGAGCUCAAGAUGGCGGAGAGCCAGAGCUGUACUCGGACGUAAUUUUGACGCUGUACAUCGGGGACGUAGUUAGCAACGACGGUGUUCCACUGUUCAUCAGACCUACCCUCGAAGAGGUAGCUCAUAUAUCCGAAAAUUCCACCAUUGGGAGUCCAGUGUUCCAAGUGGUCGCGUCAGACCCCGAUGACUCGAAUUUACCAAACGGGAAGAUUACUUUUAAAUUUUUAGAGGACGGGAACUUUGGUAAAGACGCGAGUGCCUUCAAGAUAAACAGCGAGACUGGUCUGAUAACCACGAGAAAAUUGUUGGACAGAGAGGCGAAGGACAGUUACACGUUGAUAUUGGUAGCUCAGGAUCUAGGAAGUCCGCCUCAGCAGGCAACCAGAGUGCUUCAGGUAAUCGUGAACGACAUCGACGAUCACAAACCUCACUUUAAGAGAAGCCUAGACAGCCCUCCCAUAGAAUUGACCGUGCUCGAAGAGAAUCCAGUCGGGACGAAAGUCGGCGUGAUCGAGGCGAUUGACGAGGACAUCGACGAAAAUGGGAUGAUCGAUUACUCGAUCGUGUAUGGGAACGAAGCUGGCCUGUUCCUGGUAGAGAGACUCGAAAAUAAUUCAGCUGUGAUCAAAUCGAACGGUCGUCUAGAUAGAGAGACAGCUGAUCGUCACUUAUUAACCGUCAAGUGCUUCCCUUUCUCUACGAAGAAGUCUGAUAUCAUACCCAAACCGUACAACAGACAGGAUCCAUCCGAAAGGCAAGUCCUCGUUAAGGUGCUGGAUAUAGACGACAACAAGCCUAAAUUCAAGAAAGAGAACGUCACUCUAGGUGUCCGUUUGAACGUCCCGAUUGACACGAGUCUGAUCACUUUGGAAGCCUUUGACGCUGACUCUGACGCUCUACCGAUCAACUACAGUAUGGGUAAAGCUUCGUUCACUUCUCUCGUAGACACGUCCAUGUCGAAACGAGAGAUUCCCUCCCAUCUGUCGCUGAAUCCUCAGACAGGUGAGCUAAGAACGACAGGUUCCAUGUCCAACUACGCCGAUGGUUAUAUGGAGAUCAUCAUCUCGGCCAACAACUCCGUGACACCAGGCAGAGAGACGAACAUCACCCUGAGGAUAUUCCUGUUGCGUGACAGGGACAUGUUGAAGUUCGUGUUCUCGAAACCACCUGUCGAAGUGAGGAAGACAUUGGAAGACUUUGAGAAGUCGGUGCAACAGGCUUUGUCACUACCGAUUAGCGUCAACGUUUACGACACUCAGUUUUAUUCGAAGGAGGACAAUUCCUUGGACUUCUCGUCGACCAGUUCCUGCUUCCAGAUGGUCGGCAAGGAAGCGUACGACUUGGACGAAAUGAAGGCUCUUCUGACUGAUCCGAAGAACGAGGAGCUGAAGAAAGUUUACAGGACGUACCACGUGGAGAAGGUGCAGCACUGCGCCGCUAUGGUGGCUAGGGCUGACGCCUCGAUGACGCAGAUGUGGGUGCUGGCCAUUGCGGUCCUCGUUGGCAUUGCUGCUGUGAUUUCUAGUUGCGCUCUCUGCUGCAUGCACGCCAAAUACAAGAGACAAGUGAAGCACGCCCGUUUGCGUGAUCAGCCUAGGCCACCUCUCAGUUACGUCUCUUCCGGUCCUGGAAUGGUCAGUGCCACUUCACACACGACCCUUGGACCCGGUACCAUGGUUUCUCUAGGUCCCCACGAGGGUCCUUACGAAUGGGGAGCGGACACUACGUUGUACCAUCCAAGCACUCUCGGUUCCAGGACAUAAACGAGUGCCGGUUGCACUCAGGCUCGAUUCGGGAGAGAAAAUAUAGAUCGCUGAUCGAACGAUGCGAUGGUCUUCAGUUGUUCCGUUUUCAAGAGCCUCGUGGAAGGUUUCUCUAGCUCAGAAUCGAGAUUUCGAUCGACGAGCAUCCGCAUCGCUCCGAUGCUCCUUAACCAAUAUGCCAUAUCGAGAUUCUGGUAAUUUAUCUUUUAAAAGUAUUAUCGAAAAUAAGCGAAGAAGAAAGCUUCGCCUCGCGUUGACGUUUUAUUAAGCAGCUGGAAAAUUUCUCAAUCAAAAAUUUUCAAAGUCUCUAACGAUUAGUCGAAUGCAUCCGACGACGACCAUGAUCGUUAAAAGUUCAAAGAUACGGUAGGAUUACUUGCUAAUAGGCGACUUGGAAUUAUUUUUCCGGAUUACGAGUUCGAGGAAAUUUUCGCGGUGGAAAUUUCGCAAAUUUUCGAAAGCUCGCGAUGCCAUCGAAACCGGUGAACUCGCGAAUGCAACGAGUAGCAACGUUUCCAGCAACCGAUGGUGCAAUUUUCGCGCUGGGGACGGAGGAAUGCUCGUGGGCGAAUUUUGUAUUAUAGUUACUCGCGGUGCGAUCGAGAAAGUCGCGGAAAUCGUGCAACGAAGUCGACGAAAUGGUGCUAUAACGUAAGAUCGGGAAGCUCGUGCCAAAAUAGAGGGACACGUGUAAAGUGCGAUACUACCUAGUAUUAAGUUGAACUAACUCGCGUGAAUUGUAUAUUUCUUAGACUGUACACGGA